AUGGUGCCCCAAAGGCUGCUUCUGCUGGGGGCGGCUGCCCUGGCUGCAUCUACUCUGGAGACAGCCGACCUGGUGGACCUCUGCGGGCAGACGUGGCAGGGGGCCGGGCUGCGGCUGCUCUCGCACUCCGCCUCGCGCAGGUUCUACUUCGUGGCCCCGGACACCGACUGCGGGCUCUGGAUGCGGGCGGCGGCCGCUGGCGACAGGACCCGCUUCCAGUUCUGCUUCUUCCUGGUCUACAGCUUGGCUGCGGCGGCCCGGGCGCCCCCAGGGUCCCGGGCACCGAACGCCUCCUCCCCCGCGCCGGCCGACCCGUGCGCCCCCGGGUCCUACCUGCAAUUCUACGAGGGCCCGCCGGGGGCGCCGCGGCCCCCGGGGGCCCUUCUCUGCGGCCUGACCAUCCCCGCCCCGGUGGCGUCCUCCCGACCCUUCCUGGGCCUCCGCCUGCUUACGAGAGGCCGCCAGCCCCGCGUGGACUUCGUGGGCGAAGCCACCUCUUUCCGGCUGGGAGCCUCUGGCGCCUACUUCCGCUGUCAGAACGGCAGGUGCAUACCCCCGAGCCUGGUGUGCGAUCGCUGGGGCGUGGACAACUGUGGUGAUGGUAGUGACCAGGCUUCCGGGCCACCAGCCGACUGCAGAGUGAAAUACCACAGACAGGUUUGGGGAAACUUCAAGGAGCCCAAGUCAAGCCCUGGAAAAUUCUGUGUGUUCCUCUAUUAUUUCCCGCUGCAGAUCCCUCUCUGGUGCCCAGCCAGGCGGGGAGUAACGGAUGGCCCUAAGUCCAAGCCCCUGACGCUCCCCCCAGCUCUCAGGUCUGCAGGAACUCUCCAGACGGCCGCCCAGAGCACCCCCCUCGCAGGCCGGGCCCCGGAACAGCAGGGCCCCCGGCUCCGAGGCGUGGCGCUGGUCUCCUCGCUGGUCCUAGUGUCCGCGGGCCUCCUCGUGGGCCUCCUCUGGGGCUACUGCUCGUCCCGCUGGCUGGCCUGGAGGGCUGGUGCCCACGGCCUCUGCCCCGGCUGCACCGCCUGUUACCCGUGUCCGGGCCGGGUGGCUCCUGGGGGGCUGCAGGCCAGUGGGCCGGCCUUGCAGGGUCGGGGAGGACAGCCCUAG